GGUCGAUAUGCCUACUCUAACAUGAGAUCAAGGGUCGAUUGGGAAGCUGGGCAGUUCCAGGUUUCGGACUCGUGCAUCAGUCCUCAGGGCGAUAGGGCUAGUGUGAAAGCAUCCUUACGUCGUGGUAUACUACUAAUCGGUCGAGAUAUCGAUAUCUAUAAGUCUUUGUUAUAUAGAAGCUGGCAGUCGCCUCGGUCGAUGUUGAUACUUCGCCUUUCCUCAACAGGUAUUGCCGUCAAUAAUCGAUCAACUGACGGUGGUUCGACAUUACUCCUCACCGGUGAUUACAUGCUGGUAUACAUCCAGGUCGUGGUAUACUAGGAAGGAAAAGAUCGAACGAGAGGACUGAAUCGCUGCCACUGGCUGGAGUUUCUUGCUUCAUCAUGGGUCGAAAUAUGUUGAAGCUGCUCUUUGUAGCACCAGAAGUGAACCCGAUCAAUCAAAAAGCCUUGUCAAUACCUGUACUCAAUCCAUUCAAUCGAUAUGGACGGGCAUUCUUCUUCUCGUGGCUGGGUUUCAUGACGGCGUUCCUAUCAUGGUAUGCCUUUCCGCCAUUGUUGACCGACACGAUCAAAGGGGAUCUACACAUGAGCCAGAACCAGGUUGCAAACUCGAACAUCAUCGCACUGCUUGCCACUUUGAUCGUACGAUUCAUAUCCGGUCCUUUAUGUGACCGUUUCGGUCCUCGACUCGUGUUCAUCGGGUUGCUGCUCGCUGGUGCCAUCCCGACUGCCAUGGCUGGUUUGGUCACGAACCCUAACGGUCUCAUCGCGCUGCGCUUCUUCGUCGGUAUUCUCGGGGGUACUUUUGUUCCUUGCCAAGUGUGGACAACCGGAUUCUUCGACAAGAGUAUCGUCGGUUUUGCUAACUCCCUUGCGGGUGGUCUUGGAAACGCUGGUGGUGGUAUAACCUACUUCGUCAUGCCUGCCGUAUUCGACUCCCUAGUGCACCAGCGAGGCCUCGCUCCUCACAAGGCCUGGCGCGUUGCUUACAUCGUUCCUUUCAUCAUUAUCACCGCCAUUGCCCUAUGCAUGCUAUUCCUCUGCGAGGACACUCCGACGGGCAAGUGGUCAGAACGUCACAAAUGGAUGGAGCAGCAGCACCCCGACAACACUCCCGCAGAGCAGGAAAUUGUCGACACCAAGUCCGGAGUGCGCUCGAACGACCUCUCUUCUCCUGCGUCCGAAUCCUCCUCCGUGAUCGAGAAAAAGUCACCUCGCCCACAGGACGCGAUGGCAGACCAGGAGGCUCAGACCGCUGAGGGUGACUCCACAUAUGCUGAAGUAGUUGUCGCACCUACUACGAAGGAGGCAUUGCGAGUGAUCUUCAGUCUGGCAACCCUGUCGGUAGCUACCGCAUACGCCUGCUCUUUUGGCGCCGAACUCGCUAUCGAGUCCAUCCUGGGAUCUUACUAUGGGCACAACUUCCCUCACCUUGGCCAGACGGAAACCGGCCGCUGGGCAGCUAUGUUCGGCCUUCUCAACGUCGUCUUCCGUCCUAUUGGCGGCUACAUCUCCGACCUGAUCUACCGCUCCACCAACAACGUCUGGGGAAAGAAGAUGUGGCUGACCUUCCUGGGCGUUAUCAUGGGUGCGUUCCAACUUGCCAUCGGCCUGACGAAUCCCCGCUCCCAGUCCACCAUGUUUGGACUUUCUGCCGGUCUGGCUUUCUUCCUGGAGGCGUGUAACGGCGCCAACUUUGCCCUAGUACCUCAUGUCCAUCCCUAUGCUAAUGGAAUCGUCUCCGGAAUAGUCGGUGCCACAGGAAAUCUCGGCGGUAUCAUUUUCGCCAUUAUAUUCCGCUAUAACGGCGUACAAUAUGGCCGCUCUAUCUGGAUCAUCGGCGCCAUUUCCAUCGGCAUCUUCGUCACUCUCAGUUGGGUCCGACCAGUCCCGAAGGGACAGAGUAGUCAUCGGUGAUUCAGAUAACGUAUUUCUCGUUUCUUAUCUUUUUGGGGUCCUGUUAUGAUAUUUAUUUAUAAAGUUCUGGGAUGAUACGAUACCAUGGUCUUGAGCUGGGCUUGGAAUGGAUGGGUCGGGAUGGCGUUUUUACUUUUUACUGCUACUUCUUCUUCCAUGUUUGAUGUUACUACGAUGACUCUCGAAAGGGCUGGAUGAUAUAUGGGAGAGCAUGGGAAUAGAAUACAGAUCAAUUAGUUCAUUAUUCUUCCUUUGUUUUUCCAUGAAGUAUAAAUAACCUGUCACGCCUAAUCUCAGAUUUUUCCAUAGAAUUCUUAUAUGAGGAUUGUGAUGAAAUAAUCUAGGUUCUCUAGACAGACGAGCGUAUCCAGCAAAGAAUUGGAGUUGGGGAUAUUGUGUUGGGAUUUAUUCAAAAGGAACGACU